UGUCAAAAAGCGCGUGGCACGUCGCACACAAAAAAAGGAAAGACGAUAAAUUUCGGGGAAAAAAAGUUUGUUGAAGAGUCGAAUCGAUCGAUGGUAGAGGAAGCAUUUUGAGGAGAGAGAGAGGAUUGAUUGAAUCGCCGGUAGUAGGCUUUUUCCAAUUUAUUUGGUGGCAAACAAUUUCGCCGCGCUCGAUUCGAUUUGGUUGAGGAAGGGAUUCGUUGCCGGCCGGAAAGGUUUGGUUGGGAGGCGCCGCUCUUCGACAUUUCCUCUUCAUCUGUGAAUUAACGCUGCGGCAGAUAAAGAGCAAAAAUAAUGGCGAUUGAAAACGUAAUAACUUCACCUCAUCGAAGAACUCAGACGCAAACUGCAUUCUCCCCGCCAUCAUCGAAGAGGCAGUACCCGCGAUCCGAUGAAUUAGGAAGCUGCUCGACCCUGAUACAGCGCCACCGCUUCCUUCUCACUGCGCUCGUUCUCCUCGCAUUUCUAUGCACCGUUUAUCUCUAUUUCGCAGUCACUUUGGGCGAUGGGAGCAACACAUGCUCCGGAUUGACGGGCGCCCAAAAGGUAACGUGUCAAUUGCAGCAGGCGAAGGCAUCUGUGUCCAAAGGAAAGCUCAAGGUCUUUUAGCUCCCGAUAAAUUCGUCGAACAGUAUUAAGUUAUCUAUAUAUAUAUAUAUACUACUACUACUACUACUAUCGUCGUCUAGGUCAUCUUGCUCUAAUUUCGAUCAUAGCUGGUUUUAGUGAAUCGCGACAAAUUCUUUUUUUGUACGAUUUUUGCAUCUUUGAAGUGAAUCACAUUUGGGAACUUAUGGGAAGAAAAAUAUGAAGAAAUGAGAUCGAAAUAUUUGAUCGUGUCUA